CGAAGGGGUCUGAGCUACUGGACAUUCGUGAUCAUCUCCAGCAAAGCUAGUGAGGCUGCAGCUCUAUGGGUCUCCUACCUCACCACUUGCUUCCAACAGGUUGCCAAGGAACGCUCGAGACCACCCUUCAAACUGCUGUGUGUGGGCUUAGAGGAUGUGCUCAGUGGGGUGACAGCACUGUCGCAGCACGAUGCAAUAUUCAAGGCCCGCCUGCAGCUGGUGAUCCUCUGCCCUGUGUUCCUGCAGUGUGUGGCCGGCGGACUGGCCACUGCGGUGAGACUCAACACGCUGCUGCAGCCAGGGCACGUGCUGGCCAUGCUGCUUGGGGUCACCGAUGACUCUAUCACCAUGCAACAUCGUACAGCACUGCUCUGCUAUGACCAAUGGCAGCGCCAGGUGGUGAAGGACCAGGACCCCAUGUUUGUUGGAGACUUCCUGGGAACGGCCAUGGACAUCCUGAGUCGCUCGUGGCAGCUGCAGCAGGCUAUCAGUCAGAUACACAAGGAUGACAACAAGGCCCACUUCUCUGUCCUGCCCAAGAAGAUAAAAGUGGGCCAGAACAAGCUGCUAAUUCUCCUUGUAGAUCCUCUAGAGUCUACAGACAAUGUACAGAUCAGUAUUGACAAAAAUGGCCAGAAGAUUGAAGUAACUUCGUUCAAGAAACGUAACCCGUACACACUCCAGUUCGCAGUACCAGCGACAUGCCUGCAAGUGUCAAUGCUGGUGACGGUGGCAGUGGAGAAGAACGGCAAGACACUCGGCCACCGCCUGGUCAAGUGCGAGAGCCGUAUGAGAGAACUUGAUCAGCUCCUCCGUGCCACCGACGACCCUCUCCAGUUCAUGUGCCAGACCUUGGGAAUAAGUCCAGGAGAUAGAGAACAGUUGGAUAUAUUCCUGGCAGCAGCGUUUCAGCAAAAUCUGCCACCACACUUCAACCUGCUUAGACCCACCGGCUUGCGACAUCACGGGAGCUGUGAGGAGUAUCCGACUCUGUUACAUUUUGCGGCGAGGUACGGACUGGAGAAGCUGACGUGGCAGCUACUGGAAUGUCCUGGCGGUGAGCAGGCCAGCCAACUGCGCAACACCUGCCAGCUGACUCCAGCCGACAUGGCCGAGCGCGCAGGCCACUCCAGGCUGGCCAACACUCUCAAGGGAUUCCUGCAAAUGACAGAACUCUCGAGCAUGUACAGCUACCUCAAGGGCAUGUCUGAGAAGCAAGCAAAUGAUUUGGUAUUAAAUUUUAACUGCACUAACUACCUUCUUCCGAGGCCACUGAACAACACGUACUCGGUGCCUCCUACUGCACGCCCUGUACUGAACACUCCCCCUCCGAACACCUCCCUCCCCAGCUCCCCCCACCACCCGUACACUAACAUCGACUCCUAUCAGAUUCCCCCCUCCCUCCCCGUAUCUGUCAGCGAUAACUUCGUCUACAAUGUUCCAUCGUUCCCCCUCCCCCUCCACUCACCCCUGGACAACUACCAGGUCCCGGGCCAAGCCAUCCCUUACAACCCUCCUACCCCUCCGACCCCCUCAUCACCCCUCGAUGCUCUUCCACCUGGCGGAUACAUGGAUAUGCAGUCUCCGACCAGUAGCAGUGGAGUUGGUUCUGCCAACAAGUUGAGGCGGAAGAUGAACCUGAACCUGCCCCACCACGAGUACCACAACUGUCCAUCAUCAGACUUAAAUGACCUCUACCUCCACAGUACAGAGGACAUCCUCUCCUGUCAAGGCAAUGAGAACCGCCACCGCAACAGCAGCCACAGCAGCAACAGCGGGAAGUCAUCAGUCAUGAGUGCCCAGGACGAGUUGGCAGAGAUCAUCAACGACUUCAAGAACAACGUGUUCACCAUUGCCGAGGUGGAGAAACUGGUGGAGAGUUGGCAAAACCGGCACGACGUCCAGCAGUCCUUCAAGGACAAACAGAAACAACUGAAUGAAAUGAGAGAAGAGUAUGAGAAAAUUCAGCAGUCCUUAAAGGAGAACAUGAAAAGAGCAACGCCCUUUGAAAGAAUUAGAAAGUUUUUCACCAGAGGAAAAACUAAAAAUUGUACUGGUGACUGCAAGAGCAAGCAGGCGUCAGCGAGUGGCAGCAGUCCGACAACAGCCACUGUCAGCCACCGACCUGCUAGCAGUCUCAGUCUCCAGUCUUCUUGCAGUUCAACCUCGUCAGGUCGCAUGAGUACUGGCAGCGGCACAAGCCUGGGCGACAGCGGCACACACUCGGACUCUGAUGACAGGAAGUCUUCUGAGAUUUCGAGGCACGAUUUGAGGUCAAAAAUGAUGUCAGGGAGGCUCUACACUGAAAUCCCACAGAGAGAUGUGUCAAAAACAUAA